AUGGGUUCGGAAUCCCGAAUUACAAAACCGCGGAGCGGUAAAAAGAAGAAUGUCGUACCAAGACAGAAUGCAGAUCCACCUGUUAAUGAAUAUAUCUCAGAAGAUUGUGAUAAAACAAACGAUAAUGGUGAGAUGACGGUUCUGGGUGGAACGAAGGGAAAUAAACAUGAUAUAAUAGAUGUGUCAGCAACAGGGUCUAACAAGGUGACCCCCAAAGCACGAAAACGGAACAGGCAUAACGUAUCUAAAGCUAAAAGUGAUGCUUUUGCACACAUUGUGUGUAUCAGCAGCUCGGUGAAUGGCCAAGAUGGGACCGAGACAGAGAGUAUGAGACAUGGUGACCUCGAUGGUCGUGCUAGAGAAUCGCAAUAUAGGGAGCACAAUGAUACGUCGGAUCAUAUAGAAGAGGUUGAUUUUGUUAAUGAUUUGUGCAAUCUGGGUGAACCACAAGAUAGAAGUGGUGUGAUAUUCUGUUCACGUAUCCCUCCUUUCAUGAACAUAAGUAAAUUACGUUCAUAUUUCAGUCGUUAUGGUAAGGUAGGCAAGAUCUAUGCCGAGCCAGAGACGCUUACCGAUUACAAAACCCGAGUUAAACAUGGCGGUAAUAAGAAACUUAAGUUCGUACAUGGUUGGAUCGAGUUUAUGGAUAAAUCUAUUGCUAAAAAAGUGGCAUUGCAUCUUAACGGACAGCCUGUUGGUGACAAGAAACGUCACAAUUUUUGGCGUGACGAUCUGUGGAACCUAAAGUAUCUCCCACGUUAUAAAUUCCGUGAUGUCAUGGAGUACCUACAUAAACAUCGUAGUGAACGUAAAGAGAAGUUAAGUUAUCAUUUGGCACAAGCUCGUAAGGAAAAUUAUAACUAUCUAGAACAACUGGAGGCUGAGAAACAACAUAAAUCAGUAGAGGAUCGACGUAGGAAACAAGGUGCUGAUGCAUUUACUUACAGGAUACAUACUCGUCCGAAGAAACAGAAAGUUAAGGAAAAUCAAGAUACAGAUAAAAAUGUACCACUAAAUCUAUUAGGUGCGAUAGUAUCAUGA